AUGGAACUUAUAGCCGAUCCCUCCAAAAUGCUGUCGGCGUACAAAAUAAUAAACCAUCAGUUUGCCAAAGAAAUGCAGUCGAAACGAGGGGAAGUUAGACUGUACGAGGAACGGUACAAUGCGGCGUGCGAAAUGUUGCUGCGCGAGCGGCAGGAAAACAAGGCUCUACGUGAUAUGGUCCGCAAGCUAAAGGACCAGAUGGAAAUCAUAACAAAUGUGAUCGUUUCGGUGAAGGAUCAAACGGUGAGCGUGUACGACCGUAUUAACCGUCCGUACGAGCAGGCGGAAGAAAUGAUGCGCAACUAUACGCCCCGGGCACAGCAAAUGUUCGAACGGCGCCGGACCGAAAAUCCACCGUACGUGGACGAAGAUGCUAUACCGGAGGAGAAGGAGGCGGAGAAGGAACAGGGGAACAGAACGAACGCAGGUCCGGUGGAACGCACAACAAACAAGGACGACACUCGGCCGAAAGAAAGCAGCGGCGAAUCGGAUGAUGCGGAUGAAACUUUCGCCACAAACCGGUCCAGGAGAGAGUCGCGAACCAGUGGAGGACCGUUGCCCAUGAACAGUCCGCUAGUGCAGCGGCUGAAGCGUCCGUCCAAAAACACAAGCUUUGACGAAUCGUUCGAAACGAUCGAUCGAGAACGGGCGUUCAAGCUGUCCAGGCACAGCCAGGACCGGCGACAGAUUUACGUGAACAUAGAUGAAAACAUAUCUGAUCUGCAGUCCAUAUGCAACUCGUCCAAAAUGGAAGUGGAUGAGCAACUAAGCGAAACGCUACGGAACCUGUCCCCGGUGGUGAUGGAUGAGGAUGCGAAUCUGACACGUUCAACAUCCACCGAUGUUGAGCAGGAUGAUGAUGCGUGCGCAAGCAACAGGAACAACGACUGUCCCCGAAUGUCCGACCGGCACCGUUCGCAGCUGAAGAAAACGGCUAGUGAAUCGAUGCUGUCUAGAAUUCACCGCUCGCACAAUGACGUUGAUGGUGAGGAUGAAACAACCGCGGACAGCGAGAGCCGAGUGGAGAACGAAAUGACCGUAUUUAACCCGGCCGAACUUAUUGCCAGCUGUAGCACACCGGUUGCGAAAGGUGACACAAACGAGCGGCCGUCUACCGAUGAUGCGGCGGUCGCUAAUCACACCGCUGAUUUGCCCAAAACCCGUCGGAUCGAUCGUAUCGGUGGUCGUGGUCGUGGUCGUGGACGCCCUCCUCGUCUUAGCAAAGCUAGGAGUGAAACUGAACUGAAUAUGCUGCUGAAUCCCGUCGUUGUGGUGCGUCCACUGACGGAGAGCAAUCUGCAGCUUCACGAGCGGAAAGUGCAACCGAGCCGCAAAGCUAAACCGACCGGCUCGUUGAAGGAGUAUGAUAAGAGCUUCGAGAACGAUCAUCACCUGAAUAGCUAUGACGAUUCGACGGAAAACCUUUCCACCCUGUCCGGCAAUUCAUCGAGUCGUCCGCGGCGAAGGGCAGCACCGAAAACACUGCGCGAACCGUCACUCGGCACAAAGCUAAGGCGCAAUUGA